AUGAGAUUCCUGACUUUUUCUAUAUGGUUUCACGCCGCUGCCUUCGCGUUCUCCGGCAUACACCAUCUCAUCCAUGAGAUCCAAACCCGCCAAUCGACCUCGGAGACAGGUCAAUUGAUUGGAGACCUCAUCGACGGGGCCACCAGCUCCGUUGGCAGACGGGUACGUGAUUGUAUCACAGGAGAGGCAUCGUGUGAACUUCAGGCCAGGAAGGAUUACAAACGUCCUGGCAGCCUAGACAGUGCCAUGUGUCGAGAAGAUACAUGCUGCGUAUGGGACUUUGUUCAAGAAGAGCUGACAAGCCAAUUUCGCCACGGCAAUGGAACGUGUACCAGCCUGGCUCGAGCGGCGGUACGAUUGGGCUUCCACGAUGCAGGAUCCUGGUCAACCACAAGCGGCACAGGUGGCGCCGAUGGCAGCUUAUUGCUCAGCUCGGAGGAGAUCGAACGCCCCGAGAAUAACGGCCUUCAGGAAAUCCGAUCGAAAGCGCUAACAAUCCUCCACCGUUAUUCCGGAAGCGGUAUCUCCGCGGCAGACUUGGUACAAUUCAUGCACAAUGUCGCCACGGUGACCUGCCCGUUGGGUCCCCGGAUGCUGACCUUAGUGGGACGGAAGGAUAGCCAGGAAUCAAACCCCGGGGAUCUCAUUCCGUCGAACAAUGCGACGGAUGCCCGCUAUCUGAUUGAACUAUUUCAGAACAAGACAAUCUCGCCGCGAGAUUUGGCGGCACUCUUGGGGGCGCAUACCGUUGCCCGGCAAUUUUACGUGGAUUCCACAAUGGCCGGCCAGGGACUCGAUUCCACGCCAGGGGUGUGGGAUAUGAACUUCUAUCGGGAGAUGGCGCUUCCGAGCCCACCUCCGGGCGUAUUUCGACUACCCAGUGAUGCAGCCCUGUCCGUAGCGGACGGUACUGCGCGACGGUUCGAAGCAUUCACGGAUGUGACCUUCGGUCAAACCGUCUGGAAUGCGCAGUAUGCCUCCGCCUAUGUGCGCCUCAGUCUCCUUGGAGUCGACAACAUCAACCAGCUCACCGAUUGCAGUCAUGUUCUGCCAGAUGCAGUGACUGCGUUUGCAGCGCCAUCUCCAACGUCAACAUCAGCGUCUGCCGGAGCGCGACUGUUACCGGCGACGAUUAGGGGCAUCAUUCACGGACUGCUUGCGGUAUCGCUAUCUAUCCUGUUAGUUUAG